AAGUUGCUAAGGAAUAAAAUGAAGAGCAAGAGAUCUACUUCACCAAUAAAUAAAAGAAGUUUAAGAAUACAAGCAACAAAACCAAAUUAUUCAGACGAUAAAAGAAAGAGUCCCCGAAAUCUUUAUAAUAAGCCGAAAAUAACCGAGAACAGUACAACUCAGAAACCGGUAUCAAGGAAGAAAACAACUGCAAGUGGCUCAAACUCAUCCACUCAAGAAAAGUCUGCGGAAGAGGCAACAGAACAAAAAGUCGGCGCUGGUGAUAAUUUGAUAGAGAAAAUUGCUCUUAAUAAAAGCGAGACUCUAAAAUUAAUAUUAGACGACAUUAACUCCAAAAUUUCAAGUUCGCAACAACCUUAAAAGGAAGGAUUUGCAAAUAUUUUCCAUAGUUUUAUAAAAGGAAUUUGGAUUUUAGUGUUCUUAAGUUCCGAGACAGUGUAAAUUUAAAUUCAUUUUUGUCUGAAAAAAAAACCUAAAAACAGUGUAAAACUAAAAAUUUCUUAUGAAAAUAUAAGUUACUUAAAUGCUACGUUAAUAACCAAACAAUUAAGCGUCUCAAAACAAUUAAUUUGAAGCUUUCGAAGAGAAAGCCAAAAUCUAUUUUAUUUUAAAGAAUUUUUUGGCUACGAGGAAAAAAUGUCUGUUUACUAUAAGUUCAACAGUGAGUUGAAUUUUAGCUAUGUUGGCUUUGAUGGCCUUCACAUAUCGGUAUCAGACUUGAAAAAAGCGAUUUUGCAUCAAAAACGUUUAGGAAAAACAGCAGACUUCGACUUAUUGAUAAGCAAUGCUCAAACAAAGGAAGAAUAUAAAGACGAGCAAUGUCUGAUUCCGAAGAAUACAAGCCUCAUUGUAGCUCGUAUUCCAAUCAGUAAUCAACAUAAAAAGUCAUGGGAAGUUGCACAGAACACAACUGAACGACUCCCCCAAAAUCCUUCAACGGAGAACAUUAAUCAUGAUAUAACAAGAAUGAAUGGAUCUGAAGAGGAUAAAAUUCAAGCAAUGAUGAUGCAAAGCACACUUGAUUACGAUCCUACAAAAUUCGGAAAAUCCAGUUAUCAACGUGUUCGCGGGACAAAUCAAACUGGGGAAGUUCCACCAAAUUACCGUUGCCAUAAAUGUCAUAAACCAGGACAUUGGAUUAAAAAUUGCCCCUUAAAUCCUGUUGGAAGUAAGGAUCAUCAUCAUUUCAAAACGAGACCUGAAAGCAAGAAGAUGACUGGAAUACCUCGAUCUUUAAGAGACAACAUUGGAGCUGAACAAGAACCGCCACCACAAAAUAUGUUCAUCGAAGAGAAAAGAGAAAUACCGGAAGAUUUAGUUUGUGCGAUUUGCAAAGGAAUAUUCAAAGAUGCCGUCAUGAUUCCAUGCUGUGGGAGUUCAUUUUGUGACGAAUGUGUUCGAACAGCAUUACUCGAGUCAGAGGAUAACGAAUGUCCUGAUUGCAAGGAGAAAGGAACAUCUCCUGGUUCACUCAUUCCGAAUCGUUUCUUAAGAAAUGCUGUGGCUGCGUUCUACUCAGAGACGAGCAACAUUUUAUCUCGAGAGAGUCAGAAAAAAGAAACUGAAGAAGUGAAGGAGGAAAUUAAAGCGACACAUGAGCCGGAAAAAAAUGCUGAAAAUCAAGAGACAGAAGUGCAAGAUGAAGACGAACCCAUGAAAAACUUUGAUGAAAAGUUGGAAACAAUUGAAAAGAAAGACGAACAAUUAACCGAAGUAGAAUCUGGAAAUGUAGGACGAAAGGAAACAACGGAAAAGGAUUCAGAAUCUGAUGACGAUGACAACAUAACAGUGACAGUUCCACCAGCUCAUCAUACUAGUUGGGGAGCUUCAUAUCGCGAUAAUCGUCCUCGUAGAAUUUCAUCGCACGGCGCAAAUGAUUUUCAUGACUCGUACAUGUCGAAUAAAAACUCGCAGGAUGACAAUGAAUCGUAUGAAGAUGAAACUUCCGAUUCAUAUUCACGUCAACAUCAAAAGAGAUCAAAUCAUUAUGAACAUUCAUCGUCAAAUACACCACAAGGCAUCAGCACAUUGGUCGGUGAUGACAACAGCAACAACCAAAGUUUGUAUCAUUCAUCGGGACCAUCUCACAUCACUGGUCAAAAUAUUCAACAACAAAAUGAUGGUCAUUACCAAUCGCAGGCUCAUUCACAGCCUCCUUCAAUGUAUAACCAAAAUCAACAACAUGGAAUGAUGUCACAAAUGCCGUCACAUCAAAUGUAUCCUCAAGGACCUUCUUAUGGUCAUCAACCGUCGGGUCCUUAUUAUCCAGGAAAUCAAGCAAGACCAAUGCGAUUUGAUCAUCAAGGAAAUUAUCAAGUCCCAAUGCGACAUCAUCAUCAUCACAUGCAGUCACAAAUGAUGCGACCAAUGCAUGAUAAUUACUCGAUGAGACAUCCAAGACCACAAAUGAAUAAUUUGGCGAAUGCUGUUACACAUAACAUUCAACAACGUUUUGGAACUGGAUUCAUUGAUGAUCCAUUGGAAGCUUUCAAUCGUAUAAUGCGUGAGAAGGAAAUGCGCAAAGACAGAUACAGAAGAUCGCCAAUUCGAUCUGGUGACAGACGAUCACGAUCGUUUGAACGUAAACGAUCACCAGUUCACCAAUAUUCGCCGGAAAAUCGAAGACAAAAGAAUUACGUCAAGCCUCGAAAGCGUUCGAGAUCAUUUAAAAGUAAUAGCAGUAAAAGUCGAUCAUUUAGUCCACGUGGAAGAUCAAAGAGUCGUUCAUAUAGUCCAAGAUAUCGUCGUAAAGAAAAUGCACCAAAAGAUCGUAGAGAUGAAAAGCAUCGAAGUCCAGUUAGACGAACCAACAGAGGCUCUAGAAAUAAUUACAAGGGCGACAACAUCUCAUCAACAAAUCGACAACAUGCAACAAUGCGAGAUGUUCAGGAACAUAACUUAGAAAAUUUAAAUAAUAAACAUGAACCACAGAACUUUGAUUAUAACAAGGAAACAAAUAAUUUUGAAGGUUCACAUAGCUUAGAAGAACAACCGCCGCCACCAGGUGAUGAAAGUGAACUUUGCAACUUACAACAAUUACAAGAAAUGACUGAGAAUGUAAAUGUAGAUAAUAGAAAUAUCACAGAAAAUGUUGAAAGUGUUAUGAAAGAUUCAUCGGAGACAAAUGGUUCAAGUAAGGUAGAAAAUAUCACAAAGAAAAUUGCUGACGAUAAUAAAGCCGAACACUCUGAUCAUCGUCAUCAUCAUCAUAAAAAGAAUCGUAGUCGAAAUUACGAUUCUUCUGAUGAGAAGAAGUCGAGAGACAAAAAGAAAAGAAAGAAGUCGAAAGAACAUGAAAAGAAGAAAAGUAAGAAAGAUCGAAAGGAUAAAGAAAAGAAAUCAACAACGGCAAGUAGUAAAAAUGAUUCCAUUGAAAAGACUCCAGAAAUCCCUGCAGAACCAAUGGAAGUUGCUAAAGAAAUUGAAGAUAAUAUUGCAGAGAAGUUAAAUGAAGUUGAAAGCUCAACACCGGCACUUGAUUGUUCGAAUGAAAAUGAACUUCCACCAGAAGCUGCAGCAACAAUAAACAGUAGAACUUUAAUAGACAAUCAAAGACUUAACCGAUCAGAUUCAGUGUUAGAUAUCAAUCCAAAUAUUGAUUUGGAGAUUGAUGAAUGGAUUGCGCCAGAAGUGUCGAAAUGGGAGCGUGAAGAAAACAAAUCAACGACGACAGUUGAGCAUAAUGAAGUUGAUGUAGGAGUUGGUGAAGUUAAAAAGAAUUAUGAAGAGAAAGUAACUUCAGAAAUAUUAAAGCGAGCUGAAAAUGCGAUCUUUGCAAGAGCAAUAAGCGCAAUUCGACCGAAUGAAAAUAAAAAGUCAAGUGAUGGAAGUGGAAAGAAAGAAACGUCACCGACAACAAUUUCCAUAGUUAAACGAACUGAAAACGCAACAGACUCAAAGUUACAAACCUUCCAAGUGACUGUACCAUUAAAUGAAAGUGGUUCGCGUUCAGUUGAAUUGAAAAGUUCAAACAGUGGACGAGAAACAAAUCGAGGAAAGAAAUCACCUCUUCGUACGUCGAUUAAGAAUCGUUUGGGUGUCAAAGUUUCCGAUAGUAAAAGUUCCGAAAGUGGCGAUAGUCGACGUCGACCAACUGUACCAUUAAGUUCCUGCAUUAGAGUUUCUAGUGAAAAGCAAGCAACUUCAAAUCGAAGUAGAGUUAGUGACAGAAAACGUUCAGCAACUCCAGUUGGUGACCGAAGAUUAACAUCAACAACAGCAACGUCAAGACGCCUUAGGACGAGUCGAUCAAAAAGUAAUUCCCGUCAUCAUGUGAAACGUUCGGACCAAAGAUCAGCAAACAGAGGAAAUAGUAAAUCGUCAUUUGAUAGAUAUCGUGGAAGAUCCAGAGAUAGAAUAUCAAGAAGCAAAGAUCAGAAUAGAACGAAAGAAGUUGAUCAUCAAUCGUCAUCAUUAAACGAAAGAGAAAAGUCGCAAGUAAAAAUUUCACGAAAAGAUUCGUUAACGAGUGAAGUGAAAAAGAGAACGAGAGACUCAAGUUCAUCAUCGACAUCAUCAUCAUCAGAGAGCAGCAAAGGAAGCGUAAAACAUUCAAAGCGCCAUAGUAAACAUAAAAAGCGAUCACGCUCUCAAUCAGCCGACUCGAAUAGCAAUUCGAAGCGUAAAAAAGCAAAAAAGGAAAAGAAAGCAAAGAAGAAGAAAAAGUCUCGAAAGUAAGCGAAUAAAGAGUGGUUUUUGUUAAUUAUAAUUUGUAAAAUCCAUUUCUUGUGUUGAAUUUGUUACAAAACCAAUAAUAAGUAAAAUAAAAAUGAUUUAAUCAGAAUUCUCAAAAAAUUUCCGUCUUCACUUCAAUUUGUUCAUUUUUUUACAGUGCAGUGGGUUGAAGAAUUUUCCCAAAUUUACUUUUUGAUCACAUUGAGUCGUAUUUGUAUUCAUGUCUUCUUCUUAAAGCCAAUAAAAAUUAAAAAUACAGCAACAAGUUCCCGAAUCUCCGUCAAAACUCUG